UUCCCGGCCCCACAACGUGUGGUGCGCGGCGCGCCCAAAAUCCGCUCCCCCGGCGCUCCACCACAUCGCCCACCCCCGCCGUGGCUGUCGCGCGCCCGCGUCCCUCCCCUCCGCCGCGCACUGCCUUCCCCUCCCACACAAAGCCGCCGCCGAGCCAGGCCACCCACCUGCUGCCUCCUCUCCUCCGCCCACCACGUGAUCUGAGGCUCUGAGCGCGCAGCUGCUCGCUCCCAUGGCCACCACCUGCCGCUUCGCCGCGCCGCUCGGCCUCGCACCGCUGCCCCGCGGCCGCGCCCCCGCCGGCGCCGUCGUGUCCUUCCCCCAAUGCGGUUCCAAGAUCUCGAGAGGUGUCGCCGUCAGAGCGACGUCCGGCGGCGAGGGCGCCACGGAGGAGGUGCCGGAGAUCGUCAAGGCUGCGCAGGACGCGUGGGACAAAGUUGAGGACAAGUACGCCGUGGCCACCAUCGGCGUCGCCGCCAUCGUCGCGCUCUGGACGGCAGCGGGGGCUCUCAAGGCCAUCGACAAGCUUCCUCUCCUUCCUGGUAUCCUUGAGAUUGUUGGAAUUGGCUAUACUGGGUGGUUCACAUACCGCAACCUCAUCUUCCAGCCAGACAGGGAAGCUCUGAUCAGCAAAAUCAAGAGUACCUACAAAGAAAUCACCGGGAGUAGCAACUGAUUCAAGCAUCAUUCACAAUAUGAGUCUGUAGAAUUGCAUCUAUAAGCACUGAGCUGCCAUGCAAGUGAAAGUGCUAACAUCUGUGUCCGGAGCCCCAAUUGUUUUUGGUCCUCUGACCUAAGUCAGGGACAAACCUCUGCUGAUGAGCUAGUCGUUUGCUUAUUUCGUGUAAUAUUUAUGACACAUUUCCAGUUCCUUUCCAGACCAAUGCGUACUAUGGAGCACAAUAUGGGAUUGACAUGCGAUCGGCUCUUUGCUCUUUAAACA